ACCCACCCCUCCCCUCCCCUCCCCUCCGCUCCGCUCCGCUCUCCUCCACUGAAGCGCCCUCCGCAGCUCACGCUCGGUCUAUCGGUGGUAGUCCUCUACGCGCUGCGUCGGGCCCGUGGCUCUCACCGCCGUGCACAUAAGCAUUUCCACUUCGAUCGUGCAUGCACCACCGUCGUUGCGGGACAGCGCUCCUACUCUCCUCAUAACCAUUCGUCCGUCCACAGCCGACGGACUGCGCGACUGCGCGACUGCCCGUUCGCGGAGCUGAACGUCACAUCUCCCUCCUCCGCCUGCCACGAUGGCUGCUCAACAAUCCCCGACGGGCCCAUUGCCGCAUCAACAACAUCACUAUGGAGGCGGUGGCCCUGCGCGAGCUCCGCCUCCUCCGCCUGCUCCCCCUUCUGGGCCCAUCGUCCAGCAGCAGAUCCCGCCGGGCAAGACGGCUGCCGAAUACCUGCGGUUAACCAACGAGUCGGUAUGGUUGCAACUGGGCAACCUGUCGGAGGUCAUGGGUGAGCUCGACGGUGCGACACAGGCGUAUGAGCGUGCCAUGAACUUCAACCAAUGGUCUGUGCCGGCCAUGUUGGCCAUCUCAUGCAUCCUGCGCUCAAAGGAUCAGUUCACCGCUGCCGUCGAGUAUCUUAGAACGAUCCUCAAGGUAGAGCCCACUAAUGGUGAGGUCUGGUCCAGUCUGGGUCAUUGCUAUCUUAUGAUGGACGACCUCCAGCAGGCAUAUUCUGCAUAUCAGCAAGCGUUGUAUCAUUUGCCAGAUCCCAAGGAACCCAAAUUGUGGUAUGGCAUAGGAAUCCUCUAUGAUCGAUACGGUAGCUUGGAGCACGCAGAGGAGGCUUUCUCCCAGGUCAUGCGAAUGGAGCCGGGGUUCGAAAAAGCAAAUGAGAUCUAUUUCAGACUGGGAAUUAUAUACAAGCAGCAGCAGAAGUUCUCCCAGAGCUUGGAGUGCUUCCGGUACAUUGUCGACGAUCCUCCUCGUCCUUUGAGUGAGGAAGACAUCUGGUUCCAGAUUGGUCAUGUCCACGAACAACAGAAAGAUUACGACUCGGCCAAAGCUGCUUAUACUCGAGUGCUCGAGCGUGACCCCAACCAUGCCAAGGUUUUGCAACAACUAGGUUGGCUGCAUCAUCAACAGAGCAGCAGCUUCACCAGCCAAGAGCAGGCUAUAGAGUAUCUCGAAAAAUCAGUCGCAUCUGACCAAACCGAUGCACAAAGCUGGUACUUGUUGGGCAGAUGUUACAUGUCGCAGCAGAAAUACCCCAAGGCCUACGAAGCUUAUCAACAAGCUGUCUAUCGUGAUGGUCGCAACCCAACCUUCUGGUGCUCGAUUGGUGUUCUCUACUAUCAGAUCAACCAAUACCGAGAUGCCCUUGAUGCGUACUCUCGGGCUAUCAGACUGAAUCCGAACAUCUCCGAAGUCUGGUACGAUCUCGGAACUUUGUAUGAGUCUUGCAACAACCAAACAAGCGAUGCUCUAGACGCGUACACCCGAGCAGCCGAUCUUGAUCCAACCAACGUGCAUAUCAAAGCUCGACUUGCUCUCCUCAAGGGCCAGCCAACCAACGGCCUACCUAACCAGGGAGGUGCGCCCCUGCCCCAAGACGUCCACCCACAAGCCUAUCAGCCUGGCGCCCUAGGAGGUGGGCCCCCUGGUCCCCAAUGGGGUGCACACUCGCAGAACCCUCCGCCUCCCGGUCCUGCACCGCCUCCUCUCGCCGCAGGGAACAAUUGGGGAGGCAAUCGCUUGGCAGAUUUGCAAAAUCCUCAGAUGCAGCCUCAGCCAUUGAAUCCAUAUGAACAGCGGGACCGCCUCCCACCACAGCAGCCACAGCAGCAAGGCUCACAACAAGGUCCUAUGCAGGGCCCUCCUCCACAGGGUCUUCCGCAAGGCCUUCCGAAUGGUCCACAGCAGCAACAGCAGCAGCAACCUCAGCCCCUCCGGCAGCAAAGCCCGCCUCCUUCCAGGCAGUAUCAAGACCAGCAGCCUCAGCUGCAGCCGCAGCGGCCACCACCACCUGCACACCGAGGCUUGUCGCCAUCACCGAAGGUCCAGCACCCCACUCCAGCACCAUUUCAGCCAGGCCUCUCGCACCAGGCCCAGCAGCAGCAACAGCAGCAGCAGCAACAACAGCAGCAGCAGCAGCAGCAACAACAACAACAACAACAUCAGCAGCAGCAGCAGCAGCAGCAGCAUGGUCCUUCUGCACAUCAUGGGCCACUCUCGCAGCCACAGGAACCUCAGCGACCACCAUUCAUGUCCCAUCCAUCGAAUGGCCCACUGCCGCCACACUCUAACGGUAUGCCACCUACGUCUACGCUUCACAAUUUGCCACCAUACGCUCGCCAGCAAGAAGUGCAACCAGAGAUUAGGCCUCUCAUCAACAAUCCUGCGCCAUCGCCCAGCGCCAGUCACUUUGGUCCACCAAGGACGCCAUUCGAGCACAAUCCGAGUGCUGCGACCCCUAGCAUCGCUAAUGGCGCGCCCCCACCAUCAUCAGCGCAGACCGCUGCUGACGCUGCCGCGCGUGAACGCGAAGAUAGACCGGGAAGCACGGCCCCGAAACGACUCCGAGAGUGGGAGGAUGACCCGAACCCUGGCGCGGCUAAGAAGCCCAUGGCAGAAGACAGUAGGUCACGGCUGGAUGAGAUCAAGAUGCAUCGGCCUUCGCCACCUGCCAAAAUGGCCACUCCGCCACAUCGAAGUCCUUCUGAGCUGCGCCGCAUUGAUGAGCCGCGGCCCAUGUCUGCAUACAAUCCAUCAGAAGCCGCGCACCAUCCUCCCUCUUUGCCUCCAAUGCAAUCGAUCACCCAAAGAUCGCCACGCACUUCUGCGCCCCCUCAAGAAGAGCAUCGGGCCCCUCCUCCACCUCCGCCACCACCUGUGUCUGCGCCUGCCCAGCCUCUGGAGCCUGCGGCACGAAAGAUGGAUGUGGACGAGAACUACGAUGAUAGCGGCGACGAAGAGAAGCGAUCGGUCACGAAACAGGAGAGCCGAAGAAACAGUCCGAAGCCUCCCAAUGGCAUCUCCGCGCCUGCAGUCACGAAUGGUGAGCAAAAAGCUUAGGACGGUAACGCCACGGAAGCAAGGGAAUUCCAAGCGAAACACCAACGCAAGAGUUGACGAAAUCACGAAUAUGGUACAAAAGGAGUAAGAUCGCUCAGGUCCCACGCAAUAGAGAUGACGCUGUGGGAAGCAUCUCUCAGUCCGUACCUAUGUACACAGAUCCUAUACUAAAUAUUCCAUGCCUCUGAGCACAUCAUUUGCACACACACACAUUUCCUGUUUCAUCAACGUACACGCUUCCUGAAGGCGAGGAGCUCCUUGGCUUCUCGCGGAUAUUUUCUAUGUGGUCUUUGUGGGCAAGGAUAUGGGACUGUAGGAGGUAGAGCAAGCAGGAAUAAGCCGAGUGCUGCCCGCUCGACUUGGAGCCGCAUGUGAUGUCAAGCCGUUUAAACGAAAAACGCGACCGCUACAGAUCUGACGUCAACUACAUGUACCUAGGAGGUACAUUACCUACCUAGGAGGCACAGUGGAGGUAGGAGAUGAGUACAUGAACUCUUUUCUACCACGCACGACCUUUCUAGCAUUCACUUCCCAACAUCACAUCAAUCAUCAUGGCACCCAAAGGCCUCGCCAUCAUCCUCGGAGCCGGACCGACCACAGGCGCAGGCAUCGCCCGCGUCCUCUCCUCUCGCAGCCAGGGCAACAUGGCCGUGGCCCUCCUCGCUCGCCGCCCAGAGCCCUUGACGGAGCUGGCCACUUCUCUGCGAUCGUCGAACCCGGGAGCCGUGUUGGAGACUUUUCCCACGGAUACUUCUCCUGAGCAGCUUCGAAAGACGUUUGGGGAGAUUCGAAAUCACAAGUCUUUUCAAGGGUUGAAGUUGGAUUUGGCGGUGUUUUCGAUUAAGAAUAGUGCCAAGAAGCCGUUUAUGGAGGAGACGGUGGAGGGGUUUAUGGAGACUUUGGAGGAUUAUGUUGGAGGUGCUGUGGUGUUUUCCCAAGAAGCCCUCAAGCUCAUGUUUGAACACCAUGGGGAAAAGACGUUGGCGGAAGGAGGCGAGAAGAAGGGAACGUUGAUCUUUACUGGAACGCUCGGUGCUCUACGAUGCAACGCCGAAUAUGGCAGCUAUGGCGCAUCUCGUGGUAGUGUGAGACAACUCGCCCAAGCUCUCGCACGAGAGAUGAGCGCUCGAGGCGUGCACGUCGUUCAUACGAUAGCCAAUGGCCGUAUUGCAGACGCUUCUGCCGAUACUCCCGAGGUUCAGAGUGGGAAACAUAUUGCUGCUGAGGCGGUGGGAGAGACUUAUCUGUAUCUUCAUAAUCAACAUCCGACGUUGUGGACUCACGAGCUUGACAUGCGACCAGCACAGGAGAAGUUCUAGAUGUGGAAAACAAAUUGCCACAUUUUCUACAUGUAGCUACCGGACUGAUUGAUUUUUAUUGUUAUUGGACCCCUGCAGAAGAAGACAAUACCUACCUAGGUAUCGUGUAUGUUUUUCUCCUUUUCCCUUUUGUUCUCCAAAUCAUAGUGACUCAGGUACCUAUUACCCAGUAGGUACCUCCCUCCCUUGCUCAAUUCUUUCCUUGAGGUGCCGGAGGAAUUUUCCUUGGUCUUCCGCAGACGGCGUUUCUCAUUUUUCCAGUUCCUUUUUUUCCCAUGUCCAUUUCCCAAAUGUGUAAGUGUGACAGUGAGAGCAAAAACUUCGGAAUCCUUUUCGGCCGGAUUAAUUCGCCA